UUUAUUUAUUUAUUACCUUAUUGAACUGCAUUCAACGAAAGGUUUUCAAUAUUAAUAAGAUAAUCAUCCAUAUUAACCAUUAUUCAUAAAAGAUGAAUCAUACAUUCAAUGGAUUGAUGAUAUUUUGUAUAAUGAUCUUAACAAUGAAUAAACCAUUUAAUCAAAUCAAUGCUGCUUAUUUACCAUUUAAUUAUCGAUGGACAUUUUUACCCUAUAUGGAUGAUGAUAAUAGUGAUACAUUACCACAUGGUGUACUACCAUCUAUGUCUUCAUUAUCACAUUUACAUAAAAGAGGUCCAGAAUUAAUUAUUCCAUUUAUAAGUGGCGGUGUCCCGGCAAAGAAAUCAGAUAUUGAUUAAAUGAAUUAGAAUGGAUUAAUUCAUGAUUGGAUAUUUAAAGCAUUGUGAUGAGUUUUUUUUUUUUGGUUUAAAAUAUACAUAUAUGUUGAUUCUUUAA